ACUGUACACGAACAAACGAACCGACGUUUCACAUGUUGCGUAUCCGGAACCUUUGGAGGGGAAGACUUUAACCGGAGGACACCGAGCAAACAUGGCAGACGUACCAGAAAAUGCCCCAGAGCACUGUCCGGGUACAACAAGUGAGCAAGCCGGCAAGUCUGCAUCAUGCCAGGGCUGUCCCAACCAGAAACUCUGUGCCUCUGGAGCCACAAAAGCCCCCGACCCUGCUAUAGCAGAGAUAGGAGAGAAGCUGUCAGCAGUCAAACACAAGAUCCUCGUGUUGUCUGGAAAAGGAGGUGUGGGGAAGAGCACCUUUAGCGCUCACUUGGCCCACGCUCUGGCAAGUGACAACACAAAGGAGAUUGCCCUGCUUGAUGUAGACAUCUGUGGUCCAUCCAUUCCAAGGAUCAUGGGUUUAGAGGGAGAGCAAGUUCACCAGAGUGGCUCUGGAUGGUCCCCUGUGUAUGUGGACGACAACCUGGCAGUCAUGUCUAUUGGCUUCCUGCUAAGUAGCCCUGAUGAUGCUGUGAUCUGGAGAGGACCCAAGAAAAAUGGGAUGAUUAAGCAGUUUUUAAGGGACGUGGACUGGGGGGACCUGGAUUACCUCAUCGUAGACACUCCACCCGGCACCUCUGACGAACACCUGUCAAUCGUCCAGUACCUAAGCUCCACCCAAGUUGAUGGAGCCAUCAUCAUCACCACACCACAGGAGGUCUCGUUACAGGACGUGCGAAAGGAGAUCCGAUUCUGUCAGAAGGUUAAGCUGCCGAUCAUCGGGGUGGUGGAGAACAUGAGCGGCUUUGUCUGCCCUAAAUGCAAGAACACGUCACAGAUCUUCCCUCCCACAACCGGGGGAGCUGAGAAAAUGUGUGCAGACCUCAAACUACCCCUGUUAGGAAAGGUGCCUCUAGAUCCCAGGAUAGCACGGAGCUGCGACGAGGGCAAGUCUUUCCUGAGCGAGGUGCCCGACUCCCCCGCUGCGGAAGUCUACCAGAAAAUUGUGAAAACCAUCCAGGAUUACUGCUCCAACAGGGUAACAGAGGAGCAAAACACAACCUGACCACACAGAUGGCAUCCAUACAGGAGCAGAACACCGUGGCAGAUCACAUGACGGCAGACGGGUACCGAAUAAGAGGCACACGAAGAGCACGAGAGCUCGUACACAUCAGCAUCACAGCAUUUAUGUCAGACUGUCAGAGAAAUCUCAUCAUUCUUUGUUUUCAGUGAUAGGUUUCGUGCAUUGAUCAGAUGCUGCCGUGCCACUGUUUCUAUGCCAGAGCAGUAUUUCCUGAAGAACUACUGAGAGUAAAUGAAAUGAAUACAUAAUGAUUCUGUAGAAACAGAAAUUACUUCCCAUUUCAUAAAAGAAAUAAAGUGGUCUCAUUCAAAUAAGCACCUGUGCCCGUUUUGAAUAUGAAUGCACUCUUUAUGAGGCUGUCAGGGUUUACAUUGAUUUACAAAUGUAUGUUUCUUUGUUUUGAAGAAAAGCAAUAUCAUUUUGAGCACUGUAGUUUUAACUAACAGCACAUUUGUUGUGGGCUGUUUGCCAGCUGCAGGUUAGACAAACGGUAGUAAAACUGUUAAUAGUAGUAAAGGCCCAGCCAUGCAAGGUGUCACUUUUUGGCGUUUGUGUGGGUUUUUAUAAGUUUUGGCGGAGUUAAUAAGGCAAAAAGGAAAAAACAUGCAGAAUCUUUGCCUGUACCGUUUGUAGGAUCCAUUUGUUUAUCUUACCACUUCAUUAAGCUUGUAUUUGCUUAGAGUGAGUCAUUUGCUUCGGGUGCUUUUGUGUACAUUAUGUCAAUCGCCACAGUAGAUGAAAAGGAAUAUAAAAAUAUUCCACAGUG